AGUUUACGAGUCAAAAAUUGACGAACUAAAAGGCUUACUUAAAGGCAAUCGACAGAUGAAAAAUGGCUUAAGUCAUCUCACAAUCAAAAUUAGCCAAUCAAUAAGCGUGCGAGUGGAAUCACACUCAAUGAUUGGUCAAUUCUUGAUUGAAAGUUGGUUAAGUCCCUCUGUCGAUUGCCUUUAGGGUAACGGGUUUAAACUCCACCAGUUCUAAGCUAACCGCUAUAAGCCAUAUUUUAUCCUGCUAACAAGUUACAAAUUAGAAAACUUUUGGAAGCAGUCGUUUAUUGCUAUUAAACGACCCUUUUUUCACUUCUAGGGCCGUCUCUUGUGUUAUUAUAGGGCCGUCUCUCGUGUUAUGAUAGGGCCGUCUCUCGUGUUAUUCUAACUGCAAACUUUACGAAAAAGAGAGAUGACAACACAGUAUAUCGUGAUUUCAUUAACAGUAUAUCAAUAAAAAGUUGUAGUGCUCAACUGAUCAGGUAAACGUUUAAGUCGCUAUGUCCCGAUGCAUUUCGAUGGCCAUUUAAAUUCCAAUUGGUUAGACUUUACAAUAGACCUAUCAGUACGUAUCCAAUCAGCAACUUAAGCUUAUUUCUCAACGCAUCACAAAGUAUGAGUGGUUGACAGACAGGAGAUAGUGCCUUUUACGUUUUUAAUUAGUAAACUGACCAGCAAGGCAGCAAUUGGCACAACAUUUUUCAAAAGCACAACUGCUCCAACCACAACAAAUUAGAUUCUGGAAAUUUUCGAUUGGCAAAGUCUCUAGAAAUUGAUACAAAACACAAUUGAAAAUCGUCUCAAGCAGAUUGAAUACUUUUUGAAAAUUUACUAAGUUUUUUUACAGAUAACUAAUAUUAGGAUGUUGACAAAUAGGCGAUAAGCGAAUUGAACUCAAAUUUUUGUUUUUGAUGCGAUGGCGGAUGUAAGAAUACAUAUGGCGGUGGUUAGAGAUUGACAAGAAUAUUGCUGUGUUCUGUAACGAAAUCAAUAGAAUAAAAUGAUAUUCUUAUAACGGUCCAAACUAACGAUUGAUCGUAUUAACAGCAAUUUUAUCGUGUGUCUUUUCAAUGUUGACGCCUUCUGUGUGUUAGUUUGAGACAGUCAAAAGGUACCAAUAUGAUUUUAGGGUACGUUAAAGAUGAUUAAGGGAUACACUCUUUUGGUUUUAUAAGAAGCAGAUAAUUUCGGUGCCUACUUUUGAUAUUGUUAUUUCUGAUAAUCUGAGGCUCGACUCUUCUUAAGGUGGUUCUUUUUUCAAAUUGAUUUUCAUACAACUGCAUAUAAUUUUCUAAGACGACUAAAUAAUAGUUUUGCAUCACAUUCUAAGUAGCACGGUUGCGUAGCUAAUAAAAUCAGUUUUGUUAACAUAAGGGUAGAUUUCUUCUAAUUUCAUAGAGGCUGUUGAUGCUCUCGGUAUCGCUUCGAAGCGUUUAUAAGAUGUGUUCUUGUAAAAGCAAAAAGAAUGUAAGGACGUUGUACAACUAAAGGCCUAUUACCAUUUGACAUUUUUUGUGCGCGCGGGCGUAGCGCCCAAUUCUGAGCAUGCGUAGUUAAAAUCAAGUGGUCUCGAUUUUGCGUCCGCUGUGAGCGCCAGAAAGUUGAUAGGGUCUCAAUUUUUUUGUGCGCUCGGCCACUUGACAGCAGCACUUAGCUACACAUGCUCAGAUUUGGGCGCUACGCCCGCGCGCACAAAAAUGUCAAAUGGAAAUCGGCCUGAAGCGACUUUCAGCAUUUAGUUCUAAUGACAAAUGUUAACGUGGUUCGAUAUCAUUUCUUCGCUCGAAGAACUUUAUCUGACCUUGAUAAAUAAGUAGAAACAACUACGGUUUCAUUGCUUUAGUGUUUUUUGUCCCAGUUUUGUUUAAGCUAAACAUUAAUUGAAUUUUUUCCUAUAAGUGCAGCACAUUGCCAGUUGUAAACAUUAAAUAUAGCUAGUAAUGCCAACUGGUGGCUAGGUUUAACUUAACCAUUACCAAGAAAAAUAUAUGCACAAAAGAUGGAAGGGGGUGUGUGUCGAAGAUCCAUGGUCUUAGAAAUAAAUUGUUGUUAUUGACAUUUAGGAAUUUUGAACAAGGUAUGUUCAAAAUGAAUGUAAAUUAAAUCCGUUAACUUUUAAUGACAAGAUUCUUUAAAAAAUAGACAAUUUUAUGCAUCUCUCGCUACAAUGAUAAAAUUUUACAAAAAAUAUCUUAAUUAAUCUUUGAUAACAUCAAAAUAGCCAAUUUUCCAGAUAUAUCAACAAUUACAUGGGUAAAAGGUGCAAAUUUAAAUAUAUAAAUAGCAAACUGUUUAGAGUGAAGUAGGUCUUCGGUUCUUAAUAUAAUACGAAACAGGCUUUUACAACAAAGCGGAUUUCACAAUAUUUUUUUCUUGAUAUUAUAAUGACUUAAAAUUCAUAAGCACAAGUAUUUAAAGGAUAUAUGUUUGAUAAGCCUACAGCUCCAUAAUUACUACCGUUCGGCGAAAAUUAAAGUGCUUUAAGUUAGCUCAAUAUAUUCUUGGUAUAAACAGUAAUUUUGAUGUUUAAAAAUUUAUCAAUUCGUUAUAUGUUUACAUGUACAUAAUAUGUCUGUGUGUAUUCUGUCUCGAUUAUCAUUCCAGCACCAGGUCCUAAUUGUUGAGUUUUCCAAUAUUCGUUAUGACUGAUUCUUGCUACACAGAUUUCCUUUUAUCUUGUCUUACACCACUGUCUAGUGCUCCAACCUGCUGUCCAGUAAAAGAACUGGAACACAGUCUAUUUGGUUUUAUGCACCACACUUGACUACGAGUCAACAGUUGAUUAGUGCUGGGUUUAUUUAUCAAACUUGCUACUGGUAGCCAAUGACUUUUCUUACAAUAAUCGACCAUGGAAGAAAGCUAGGGAAACUUAUGGCUGUGUAGGUCAAGCUGCUCCAAAUCGCUGUUAAGGAUACACGAAUAAAAGUACUAAAUUAAAAAUGGCGAAUCGGAUGUGUCUACAAAGUUAUGCUGAAUCUAGGGACUUUGUGAGAAAGCUCCGUCUGCUGUUGCAAUCGAAAGAAAAAUAAAGGCUUUUUCACUAAAAGGUAGUCAGACUUCCCAAUGAAUUCGGACACCACGCACAUUGAAAUUCCAUAAUUAGCACCUGUUGCCAAAAGGGGAAUCGAGACAGGAAAUGUAUACAUAUAUCAUAUGGUAAUUGUAAGCAGAAACUUACAAUCGAUAAUAUACAGACAGCUGGCUAUAAGAUGUUCAUAUGUGAUUUACCUGCUACCUGAUUUGAUUUUCUUAAUUUUGCUGGUCUGUAUUUUAGUUGUUGUCAGUUUUGAACAAUCGACUUAUUGUUGCAUAUAGGAUAAAACAGUAUGUAUCUAUCAAACAAAGUGGUAAAGUAGACUCAUAGGUCUAAAGGUAACUUGCAGGAUCGGAAUCAAAGCUGCUACUAGAGCCUAUCAAGAAAUCUUGGGAGAUCAACAAACUUUGAAAGCUGAAAGAGAAGGUUGCUGUAGAUUUGAUGUACCAUUGAGUUCCAAGGUACACAAAGAUAUAGCUAAAAUACAGAUUUUUCAAAGGGAGAGGCCAGUAUCAGAAAAUGACGCUUUUCGCCGCAACAGGAGUCACUCCGUUAAACGAAACUACAAACAAUACAUUGCACUCCAGCCAGAUUUAUACCACUAGCUCUGUUAAUGGGACAGUAAUUGGCAAUUCCAGUACCACUCAGUCUCUAUCAACCAUAUCUACUAUACGAAUUUCAAUCUAUGCAGUUUCCCUUUUUUUUGGUUUGGCAGGAAACAGUCUGGUUAUUAUAACAAGCAUUCUACAACGCAAACAACUUAGCCGCUCACGGUUUUUGAUUGCACAUCUCUCCUUCACAGAUAUCAUUUUUACUUUACGUUUACCCCUUCAAUUCAAGCUUGAACUUGAAAAUAAUUGGUGGGACUAUGGCACAGCGUGGUGCAAGAUUUUUCAUGGGGUCAAUUCAAUGUCAAUGUUGGCUUCUAUUGGUACAAUGACAGUUAUUGCGGUGGAGCGCUACCGCGGAAUAACUAAACCUUUCUUGGCGAAGAUCAAACGGUCAACUUUGAUAUACAGUUUGAUUAUAGUAUGGGCAAUAGCUGUUCUGACGUAUUCUCCUGCCUUUGCUCUCCGCCAGGUGAUAAACAACAGGUGUCAAGAGGUGCACCCAAAUGUUGCGUUUUCAAAGGUCUACAGCGUACUUCUGGUUGUCAUAAAGUAUAUCCUGCCAUUGUCUAUCAUAGGCUGGUGCUAUUCCAAGAUCGUACAUGCUAUAAGAAAGCGCCCAAAAAUCGGCGAGCAUAUUGCCCAACAAAAGAGAAGGAGACAGGAUGAUAAACGCAUAGUUAGAUUGCUUGUAGUAAUGGUAAUUGCCUUUGCGGUCAUGACGUUGCCCGCCUCAAUCUGGUGGUUAUUAUAUGAUUUUGAACUAUUCAAGUCAACGGACAGUCCAAUGCAAAUAACAGAAAUACUUGCGACCAUGGUUUAUCUUCAUAGCUGCGUUAAUCCAAUAGUCUAUUUCAUUAUGGAUGGCAAAUUCAGGUCUGAUGUUUUGGAUAUUUGUAAGUGUCGUCGCCAGAGCAAGAAAAACGUCACCCCGCACACAACUAACAACAACGAAUCGGCUUCUAGGCAUGUCGGCAAUUUUAACAAGGCCUUGGUUGCAGAAGAGAAGUCAAAUUCAGAAAUUUCUAGCACUAAAUUCUGAAUACUUUCAAGCUUCUUUGACCUGAUUGCACCGAUGCACGUCAAAGCAAAAACAAUUACUGCUGCCACUUGUCGUAAGGACUGGCGAUAAUUACUUAGCCAAAAAUUUAAUACUUUAAGGAAAGAAUUUUCAAGUUCCUGUUGAAGCAUGAAAACAGAGAAAUACCGAGUUCUAAGCAUCUUUUGGUUCUUCUUAUGUUAAAGAAACAACAGACGUUACAAGAUGCUUUGGAAGCGAACUUGCAAUCCUAGCAGUAACUUUGAAAAAAAACAACCUCGUAGAAAACUUUAUACGUUGCCAUCAUGGAGACACUUUUUCAUUAUAUACGAUGAAAAUCACAGCAGAAAUCUUAUGUUGCAAUUCUUCUGUACCAAAGGCUUAGUUAACUAUGGUAUAGAUAAAAGAUUAUUUUUAACUGUGUCGCAAAAAGUCGCAGAAUUAGUCACUAGCCAAGAAAAUAACGUAUUAUUUGAAUAUGUAUCUUAAAGAUGCACUCGUAGAUGCAUGCACUUUAUAAAGAUAUCUCAGUUAAGAGAUUUGAAAGUAUCAGGAGACGCCAAAAUGGACAUAAGGUGUAAAAAUA